CAACUGGAACGAGCGACUCUUCAGUCAUUUACAUUUUUUAAUGUAGUGAGUAAUGUAAAUACAUAAUUAAACAGAGAUAGUGUGAAUUUUUCCUGUGUCCCACGAACAAAUAAACUAAAGUUGUAAAAUAUACAAGAUUUACUCCAGAAUUUCAUCAACUCCUUCAAAAAAAAAAAAAAAAUGACACUAUUUCAUUUUGGGAACUGUAUAGCUCUCGCCUAUGCGCCUUAUUUUAUGACGUACAAGUUUUCUGGACUAGCUGAAUAUGGAGUCUUUUGGAAGUGUAUUCAAGCUGGUGCAAUGUACCUCUUUACUCAACUUUGUAAAAUGUUAGCAUUAGCAACAUUCUUUCCAGCUACUGAAGUUAGUAGCAUUGGCCGUAUUGAAACUUUAACGGAAUUUUUGAAAAAUACUGUUGAUGUAGCGGAUCUGAUUGGAUUGCACAUAGUAAUGACGAAGUUUGCUGGUAAAGGUGAAACGAAAUUUUUGGUUGCUGGUUUAGGUUGGGCGUCGGCAGAACUGUUGAUGACUCGACUUGUCCCAUUAUGGGUAGGAGCUAGAAGUGUGGAAUUUGAUUGGAAAUAUUUGCAAAUGAGUUUUGAUUCAAAUAUUAGUUUAGUUCAUCACAUAACAACAGCAACUUUGGUAUGGCUUUGGAGUCGACAUGAUCUAAGAAAGACUCACUUGCCUAUAGUUAUGGUUUUACUUGCAGCAGGUUGUUACAGACCUUUAAUUAUAGAGUUGUUUACUACGAUUUUGGGACUUGGAGCUUGGGCUAUCCUGGCUGUUAAAGCAGCAAGUGCUGUUUCUAUUGGUCUUGUUUCCAUGCACAUAUAUUUCAGCAUAACUCAAGGCCUUAAUUCAUAUUAAUAUGUAAUUUAUUUAUUAAUAAUAAAAUAAAAUAUUUAAA